CAAAUGAGGCACGCAUGCGCACUUGGUAAAAAGCCUACGUGACGGAGCAGGGAACAAGUCGUUGUACAAUAAUUAUAUAUGUUAAUGUAGAAACUUUAAAACCACUAUUCAAGUCGAUCAGCUAGUCUUAAUAGACUUUCGGAAGACAAUAGGUAAAUGAAAAAGUGCCAAAACGGCCAUUUUCAUACUGUUUAAAGAGUCUUUGUUAUGCCUGUUAUGCUUCCUGGACAGUGUUGAAAACACACUAAGGAAUUAUUUUAUAUUAAUUUCAUUUAUUGCAAAGUAAAGAAUAAAUCGUGAUUCAACUGUAUACAAAAAAUUUGAGAAAAAAAUUCCGAAAUUUAAGAACAAAAAAGCACUGCCCACGAAACCGUUGUAGAACCAGUAUGGCGGCAGUUGGAUUAGAAAACAGCAUGUUUAAUCUUGUAUUAUUCAUAGAAUCCUAAAGAAAUGCCGCCGACCAGAGGAGGGAGAGGAUGUGGUCGUGGAGGAUGUCUCAGCCGAAGCUCUGUACCUUUCAAACGAUCCUACUCCACACCUACCACAAUGAUCGGGGGAGAAAAUCGAAUGUCUGCUCGACUAAAUAAAGGUUCUAGAAGUGUAGAAAAGAAUGAUGGACUUAAAAGAUUAAAGAUUCCAUCCGAUAUUCAUUCAUUUCUACCAAGCGUUCGAAAUGAUACAAAAUACAAGAAGAAGAAAGAAACGCCUGUUGAAAAUAUUACAGAUUACGUUGAAGAAGUAGAAAAUAAUGGCUCAGGCCAGCGAAUAGUUCCUCCGAUUAAACUGGGCCCCGGUGGAAAGAGAAGGAAUGAGAAUUAUAUUCUUCAGGUUAUGUCGGAUAGAAACUUUGGAAGUGGGGUGUGGGACAUAGUUAUGUCUGAUAACAAAAUUAUUGUGUGCACUACAAAAGCUGCUAUUCUGUGUAAACCAAAUCUUCUGCCUAAGAAAGAACUGGACAAGGUAUCUCUACCUGGCUGUGCUACAUUUUUGAAGGAUGGAAGAAUAGCUAUAGCGUGCAGGCAGUUUGAUAAGGUGCAUCUCUACGAACCCGAUGGAACUUGGUGCUCCGAAUGGUCUUGUGAUGACUUUCAGCCAACCGGAAUGACCUCGCUAUCUAAUGGCAAUUUUGUUCUGACGGAUCCGGGAAGAAAACAAGUUAGAAUCUAUGGCAUUGAUGGGAAUAAAGUCAAGGAUAUUGAAGCUCCACCACAUCACUCAUUUCUUUGGCCAUUAUACGUCACAGCAGCUGAUGAUGAUUCAUUUUACGUUACAGAUUGUCACGCUAAACUCAUUCAUGUUUUCAAUUCAGAGGGCUGUUGGUCACAUACGCUUCAGCCGUCUGCCAUUCAAAGUUCAGCCAUUUCUCUUCCUCACUGCAUCUCCUCAGACAGUGUGGGUAACAUGUUUAUUGUCGAUCAGUCUUGUGGGGUUAUCGAAGUCUGGAGACCAUCCGGCAUUGUCCUCCAGAGCUUGUUGCCAACCGCCCAAUCUGAAAUAAUCAGACCGAAUAUCAUCAGCAUACACAAACAAACGGAUCGCUGUGCGGUGGGUGGGAAGUUUGGUCAGGUUAAGUUAUUCCGUUUGGAGAGAAUAGACGCGGAUAAACAGAUGUUUAUUGAUAUAACGGAUUCAUGA